ACGCUGUGCACUGCGCAUAGCGUGCGACCGUUCUUGUACUUAUAUUGUACCGGUUCACAGUCCCCCAACCUGCACAGACAGCGGCUGCGACUAAUUAGAUCAUCGCUGCGACCUUGCAAAUCCCACUCUCUAGCGACAUAAGCCCUCGCCGUCGCCACAGGAGAGCAAGAAAGCAGUUCAGCCGUACACGCUGGGCAGCUGAGCAAUCGGACCGUUGCCGUUCAGAAAGUGGAUGCGGCGAGCGUAAUUUGUACGGCGCACGCGUCCGCACAGUGCAAGCGAGGGACCAGCGCGGGCGCACCUGCAGAGAGCGCGCCCAUCAGCCCCAUCGUCAUUUCACGCGCGGCGGCGGCGACGCUCCCUUCGGCACUGCGGCAAAGGCGGCCCGAGACGGAGCCAGCGGCAGCGACCCGCCGAGCAGAUGGGACUCGCCUGAGGGUGCGCCCUGGUCACCCCAACAUGCCACGAUGAAUUAGCCCCCCUACCGCACCCCUGGCACCGUCAUGACGAAAGCAUACGACUUCAACUGGCAACGUCCUGUACCUGAAGCCCUGCUCAAGGGCUGCAUCUUCGACCGUUGGGAAGAGGAAAAAGAACAAGUAGUCUAUGAGCCUAAUGCUUUGUUCCGAGUCGACGAGUAUGGAUUUUUCAUCUAUUGGAACAGCGACGGAAGGGAUGGUCAGGUGCUUGAAUUGUCACAAGUGAACGACAUAAGGGCUGGCGGAAUACCAAAGGAUGUAAGACUACUGGCAGAGCUGAGCAGCAAAAACCGGUACGGCCUAGACGAGGUUUCGCUGACCAUCUGCUCAGGCACGGACAUGGUCAACAUCAACUACACACAUGUUGUCUGCCCAGACCCUGAAACAGCCAAGGUGUGGCAAGCUGGCCUACGCAGCAUCACCAACAACAUCAAAGCCAACAACGUGUGUCCUGCCACCUGCCUUGAAAAACAUUGGAUCAAGCUGGGAUUCCUGGUGGACCCAGAUGGAAAAUUACCAGUCCGAAGGAUAGCGCAGACAUUUGCAUCAGGCAAGACUGAGAAGCUCGUGUACCAAUGCAUUGGCGACGUCGGACUCCCUAGUGGCAAGAAUGACGUCAUCGAACCGAAGGAGUUCACCCUCGAGAAGUUUCAAGAGUUGUACCAAAGGGUCUGUCCCCGCAACGACAUUGAGGAGCUUUUCAAUUCCAUAACGGAAGGCAAGACAGAUUACAUCAGCCUGAAGCAGUUGAUCACAUUUCUCAAUGAAAAGCAACGCGACCCACGACUAAACGAGAUCCUGCACCCAUUCUACGACGAGCGGCGGGCACGGGAGAUUGUCACGGCCCACGAGGCCAACCCCGACAAUGUGCGGGAGGGUCGGCUCAGCCAGGGGGGCCUGGUGCGCUACCUCAUGUCGGACGAGAAUGCGCCCGUCUUUCUCGACCGGCUCGACAUGUACAUGGAGAUGGACCAGCCACUGUCUCACUACUACAUCAACUCCUCACACAACACUUACCUCACGGGGAGGCAGUUUGGAGGCAAGUCCUCCGUGGAGAUGUACCGGCAGGUGCUCCUAGCAGGAUGCAGGUGUGUGGAGCUUGACUGCUGGGAUGGCAAAGGCGAGGACGAGGAGCCCAUCAUCACACAUGGCAAGGCCAUGUGCACAGACAUCCUCUUCAAGGAUGUCAUCUAUGCCAUCAGGGACUGUGCAUUUGUCACUUCCGAUUAUCCUGUGAUUCUUUCAUUUGAAAACCACUGCUGCAAGAAGCAGCAGUAUAAACUUGCCAAGUAUUGCCUGGAGAUUUUUGGUGACCUGCUGAUUACUGAACCACUGCCAAGUUAUCCGUUGGAGCCAGCAGUACCGCUUCCAAGUCCCAACGACCUCAAGAGGAAGAUUCUCAUAAAGAACAAGCGACUCAAGCCAGAAGACGAAAAGCGUGAACUGGAGCUCUGGCGGAAAGGACAGCUUCAGAAUGACGAUGAGGAGGAAGAGAAGGAAGACGCCUCGGUCACCAUCAUCGCACCGACCGAGGAAGGCGAGGGAGAGGUCGAGCCAAGUUCACCCACGCAGAAAAACAACCCUGGAUCCAAAAGUGAGAUUUCGGCCGCUCAGCUGGAGGAGCAGCUGGCCAUGGCGCACUACCAGUACACGGGAGCCACGGUGCAUGUGCACCCGGUGCUCUCGUCGCUGGUCAACUACGCGCAGCCUGUCAAGUUCCAGGGCUUCGAUGUGGCCGAGGAAAGGGCCAUCCACUUCAACAUGUCCUCGUUUGCCGAAACGGCUGCCCUUGGCUGCCUCAAAUCACAGGCCAUCGAGUUUGUCAAUUACAACAAACGACAGCUGAGUCGCAUUUAUCCCAAAGGAACAAGAGCCGAUUCAAGCAACUUUCUUCCACAGAUCUUCUGGAAUGCAGGCUGCCAGAUGGUGGCCCUCAACUUCCAGACACCUGAUCUUCCCAUGCAGCUCAACCAGGGCAAGUUUGAGUACAACGGUGGCUGCGGGUACCUACUAAAACCCGACUUUAUGCGACGGGCAGACAAGACAUUCGACCCAUUUGCGGAGUCACCCGUGGACGGUGUGAUUGCGGCCCAGUGUUCAGUGCGGGUGCUGUCGGGCCAGUUCCUGUCAGACAAGAAGGUGGGCACAUACGUCGAGGUGGACAUGUAUGGACUGCCCACGGACACCAUCCGCAAGGAGUUCCGCACCCGCAUGGUUCCUGCCAACGGACUCAACCCCGUCUACAACGAGGAGCCCUUUGUCUUCCGAAAGGUAGUUCUUCCUGAUCUGGCUGUGAUCCGGAUAGCUGUCUAUGAUGAGAAUGGCAAAAUGCUGGGCCAGCGCAUCCUUCCCAUGGAUGGCCUCCAAGCAGGCUACCGGCAUGUCUCUCUACGGACAGAGGGCAACUUCCCCAUGUCGCUCGCCAUGUUGUUUAUCUGCAUUGAGCUCAAGAUCUACGUUCCAGAUGGCUUGGGAGACCUGAUGGAUGCCCUGUCGGAUCCGCGGGCAUUCCUGUCGGCCCAGGAGAAGCGACUUGUUCAGAUGCGUGCCAUGGGCAUCGAGGAGGCCGACAUCCUCGUCAACCGGCCCGAGCUUGGCUCCCAGCAAAAGAAAGAUGACGAAAAGCGGGAGGAGUGGCGUGUGGAAGCCAUCACGGUGGACGCACUGCGGGCGGAGAAGGAGUACAUCAAGCUGCGCCGCAAGCAGAUGAAAGAGCUCGAGGGAUUGCGCAAGAGACACCACAAGGACAAGCAGCACGUGCAGAAGCAGCAGUGCCUGGCAGUGGAGAAGCUUUUGCCACGGGACGCUGGCGACGACUCGGGCACGGCUGCUAGCGAGGACUGCGCAGUGCGGUCACUCGUGGUCAACCAGAUGCACCAGUGGUCGUCCCUGCUGGCCUCGCAGCGCAGCCAGGAGUGGGAGCUGCUGCGCCAGCAGCUCACCCAGCAGGGGGCACUGCUGCGCACGCUCAUGCUCAAGGCACAGGCCGCUCAGAUGAAGCAGCUGGACGCAAAGUUCGAGAGGGAGAACAAGGAGAUGAAAACAAAGCAGGCCAAGGUGUCGGUGGAGACGGCACGGGAGGUGUCCAGUGACAAGACAUUGCGCAACAAGGCCGAGCGAGAACGGCGGUUGCGUGAGAAGAACAGCAACAACACCAAGAAGUUCAUCGAGGAGCGCAAGUCAGCGGCACUGAAGCAGAGCAAGGAACGCGAGCGCCUCAAGAAGGUCCACGAGAAGCAGCUGCACGAUCUGCAGCGCGAAAUCGACAAUGGCCUGGAGCUGUACAACACAGCCGAGCUGGAGUACAAGCUGUGUGCCAAGCUGGAGUGCUUCGUGUGACGCCUGCCAAAUAAGCGGGGCGCUUCCCUGACUGCUAACUGCUGCCGCUGCCAUGACACGAGGAGCAAGGAAUGCGAUUCGGGCGCCGCCUGUGAGCGACGCCCGGAAACUGGGGCUUGGCCAAAGUGCACACGUGAAACCUUUCCUUCAAGUUGUCCCAUGUUUUCCACACUGCAAGUGAGCUACACACGUUGUUGCGGUUAGUCACAAUGACACAGCCUGUCAUGGAUUUAAAUGGCUCUCGCAGGAAGCACAUGACGUUGUGCUCUCAUUAGUAACCAAGGUUACCAUAACCGAAACGCAGUGAUUGGCCUUUUGAUUUCGUUUUCACGUUCGAUGCAAUUGCGCGUGAUUGCAUGACUUUGUUGUAACGAAGGGGAAUUCCCUGCAGAGCGAGCUGAAAGGAAAGUUUAGCUAACAUUGUUACAGUGUUUUUUUUAUUAUUUCUCAUUGUAUGAUAUAAGUUAGAGAGAGCUGCUGUGCGGAUCUCAGCUGCACAUUUGUCUUCCUGCAAAGUCAGUCGGUGAAAAAUCUGUGCUCUAAUAUGAAAAUCAUGGCUUCAGAAUCUUGCAAUAACCAAGUGAUGUUGCCAUUUUUCCGUGGCAAAACAGACCGCAGUCGUGGGGAAAAUUUUCAGUGGCAAACUGUCUUCUGCAGGGGGUGUCGGGUCACUCUAGGUCUUCGUGGAAGUGAGACCUUUUACUUUGUCAACUUUCCUGGACAGAUCGAGGGCUUGUUUCAAUCUGCAGGAACUCUGCAUUUCAGACAAAGGGUGCCAUAGUAAUGGCUAUUGAUUUGAUGUUGUUAUUGAGCACACUCUUCCUGUAGACAAGCAGUCUAGUUGUUGAAACAUGGCUGCUCGAUGUUGAUGUGCUGACACAUCAAUGUCAAGACAGAGAAAGAAGGUGACACAUUUUGAAGAUGUAUAUUGUUUGGCGUUAGUGGCCGUUCAUAUAAACCCGCUGUUAUUUAUUUUGAGACCUGCCCGAUUGUUCCAUACAGUCUUUGUAUGUUUCUAGUGACAGCACAAGGAGUGGAGCCGUUUUAACAUUUUCUACUUGUUCCCCAUCGUUGUGUUUCUGCAGUAUUUUUGUUUUUCAGGACACCAUGGCAGGGUCUUGUUCUUCUCCUUUAGUUAAGUUUUCUUGAUGUAGAUUGUAUUAAACAUGCAGAAACCGGUCGGUGACUGCUUGGACACAUUUAAGCAAUUCCGUCACAUUUUGCACAUGCAUGCGCAAGAUGCAGUUCAGGGCAUUCUUAUUAGAAGACUCGGAACUGCCCUCACUUAAAUGCUUAAGCACCGAAUUUUAAUCCGAGUUGGCCAGUGUGCUGGAAAAGCGUAGUAACUGAGAGAAGUGAGAGUACUUAAGACUAGCUCUUCAUUAGGCAUCUGAAUUCAGAUGAGUUUUUGUGUACCAGACAGAUUGCACUUGCUGCGAGGAGCAGUGACAGCAGUGUACAAGGAAACGUGCACUUACAGAGCGUCCACUAAUAACCUAGUCUUUACGAUCCUUAAUGGUACAUUUGAUUGGUCUCUUUCAAGCACUUUGGAGGGCUUUGGCCGUGCACUUUGCGUUCGGUUGGUCAAAAUCAAGUGCUUGAAACGUUCAGAGCACUCUUCACCUCCGCACAGGGAGUGCUGCAGAGAUCCGAUAGGACUCCAAUCAUGUGACUUUCCAAUUGCUCUGGGAGUGGCCGAAUGGUCAGCUAGGGCAUGCUUCUUCUCUAUUGUUGAGAGGCCUCCGCAUUGCCGCAAGUCGAGUCGAAAAAGCACGGUGGGAACUCGUCGAAUCUACCAGAAGAGAGCAGGGCCUGUCUGUAGUCGUGCGACUGCUUGCCACCUCUUCGUCGGAAUCAUCCUCUGUCUGCACGAUGCUUUGGUGCCAAUUAAUGCUGCACUGCAUUUUUUGUGUCUAGCUGACUCGCAGUGUGUAAUGAUGUACUUUCCCAAGUGGAAAGUGCACAAUUGCCAAGUGUGGGCAGUUUACGUGGGCACUCCUUUGCGCCCCUGGUGCCUGUCACAAAUUAGAAACACGAUGAAGUCGGUUGACCAUAGGCAAUUGAUUGCUGGCGAGAGCAAAUGAUACGACUUUCAACGCACGAGGCGGGCAUGGGACUGGGAACGGGCACGUGUCCGUUUCUGAUGCUUCCAGUGUAUCUUCUGUACAGUCCGAUGCCAAAUAUCUUCACUUACACAGAGCCUAUGGCAGAACCGGAGAGAGACCACAUCAAAGAUGAACCGUGCAAUGAGUAAGCCAUGCUGUCACGCUUUGGCUUUCAGUGACAUUUUGCUCCGUUUGUAUCUGACAUUCGUACCUAACCUAUGUGGAACAGAUGGCCAAAGGUGACCAGUGUUAUUGUGUUUGGUUGUGCAUUUCUGUGUUGUUUUUGCCCCUCACAUGAAGAAUCCGAAAGGUGUACGAGUUGUUGUUGAAUGGUCACCCUGUUGAAUGUUGAUGUGACGGAAAAAAUAGGAAUGAAUGUCUCUGUUAUACAUGAGUAUUCAGAAGCUAUUUCCUGAUGAUUUGCAAAGUUGGAGGCCUGAUUGUUUACGAGCAUGUAUUCUAGUCACUGGGUUGUUUCCUUUCCACGUACUUAGUUUUUAAGCAGACGCUGUUUUUGCUGACACAGGUUCACGUGCAUGUAACUUGUAAGUGUCAAACGUACCUCGCAUCCACCUCAAAUUUUUCAGUGCGGUUCCUGUGUUUCUUUUUUAAAUAAUGUGCAUUUAUUUUGGAGCUACGACUUUGUGCACCGUAGUAAUGCAGUGUGAGUACAAUGGCAUUUGCAGAAGCCUAUGGAGUGCCUGCACUUAACUGUACUUAUUUUCUUUUCCUUCACUUGUUAUUGACUGCAUUGUUCUGAUGUAUAGAAAUGCAUGCGGCGCCGCAGUUGUUUGCCGUAAGCUUAGGAUUCACGUUCAAACCUGCAUUCAAAACAAGUGGGCUUGGGCAGCUUGUGCACAAUGUGUCUGUGCUCAUCGAUCUACGCCCUUUAAGAGUUUCUCAACUCGAGCUAGUUCAUACUGACUCGUAGCUAAAAUAAAAAACAGCACGAAAUAAAACCAGGACAAGAAAGACCAGUGCUUGUCCUGUGUUGUCUUUUUUUGUCCUAGUUUUAUUUCACGCUGUUUUUUAGCUACGCUCCUAUUGCAGUAACCUCCAUCUCGGUGCAUAUCUUUCUAUCUUAAGUAAAACAACUGUGCUAGUUUUCCAGUUUAGGCUCCUUUUCAUCAGGUCUAAAGGUCAAGUUAAAAUUUGCUAGAGCUAACUGCAACACCAGGUGCCACGUACUGGUUGCAUAAAAAUUAAAAAUUGCUCCUGUAAAUUUUGCUCUGCUUGAUGUCGUGACCUUCAUACCUGAUAAAAUGUUAAUAAAACAUUGAAUUCUGCACAGAUGUCGCCAUUAUUUAAGGUGAAGGUAUAGCUGUUACCUUUAUAAGGGUUACUGUGAUAGGAGUGUAGCUCUUGCAAAGUAUCCACUUGGACCUGAUAGUUGUUCAAUAUAUUGAAAGGCUGGUGCGCUGCGUUUAUUGCAGUGAGUGAAAACAGUAUAAAAAGAAGCACAAACAGAGGACACUGGGGCUUUGGAAAAUCAUUUUCAUCUGCAGAUUAGCAUGACGCUCAAAUAAUUUUCUUCUGCUGCAGUUAUUUCCGAACUAGUCAGCUUUGGACCACUGUGAUCAAAUGAAGCCAAGAGACAGCUGCAAACGCGAAUGAAAAAAAUAUGUUGUGUCAGCAAAUGUGUGCAAGUUCAACAAUGAAUAAUCUGUGAAGCCCUUGCACAACUUGCCUCAAUGACUCUUAGCUUUAGGAUAAAUCAUUGUUGUGAAAUAAUGUAACUACCAUAUUUCCUGGUGUACAAUUCACACCUUGGAAUAAGUUUCACCGUUCCCACAAGCAGGUUUUUGAAAAGAAUAGGUUGUUACAUAAAAUGUGUGUCUUGUAACAUGCUACUACCCACUACUCGGUCAAUGCUAUUAGACGCGAGACAAACUCUUGCAUUUAGUGAAACAACAUGAUUUGAAUGCUUUAGCAUAGUGCGAUCUACCACGGCCAUGCAAGGCACAUGUGUGCUGUUGUCAACAUGCAUUGCACUAUACUGGAACUAGCUUUUUGGGGGGGGUUUUAGAGCACCCAGUUUCACUAAGAACAAUUAAUCUAGCACUGUGUGCAUGUAAAAAAGAGGAAAAUUUGUUCUUCAUUGUCAAAGUUGUCGAAUUUAUUCUUCUCCAAAACAUAAUCAAAAAGUUAUUUAAAAAACAACAUUGCAACUGUGCGUAUUUACUCGGUUCUCAUUUUCUUCAAGUGCAAAUACAGCUGCACAUGAUGCAGGCAAAUUGUGCACCAGGAGAACCGAGGCACCAGAAAUGCAGUUGGCAUGGCAUCCGGAAGACAGACAAGUCGUAUGGACGUUGCCACCUUAUCCUGCUACUAUGCAGUCUUGAAAAUUUUCUUGUUUCACUCAUGAUAUCUAAGAAGCCACACAGGCAGUUGUCACUGCCAUGUCAUUACAAGCUGCCUACACAUCAAGUCCUAUAAGCUGACAUGCGCUAUCAUGACGGUUACGCUGCUAACAGGAAGGUCUGACGCUUGUAGCUGUCGUAAGGCUAUUGCAAAUUGUUUCCAA